UGAGAGGAGAGCUGGGUGGGUGCUAUCGUCGUGUCCCUUCCCUGAGCGUGUCGGUGGCGGUGGGUGCAGCGACUGCUGUGGGGAGGGGCGAGCGGCCGGAGGCAGGAUGGAGAAGGCGGCCGGGCGGCGCUGAGCCGGAGGGAAGUUGUGUGAGGGGAGGCUUCGGGUUUGGGGGAGGCAGGCGGCCUGAGAGAGCCGAGGCGGCGGCGGCGGGGAUCGAGUGGGGGCGGCCGGGGCUCAGGCUCCGGCUCCGGCUCCGCUGGGAGGCAGGCAGGCAGGAUGGAGCAAGAGGAGAUCCUGAGGAAAUUCGUCCAGCGCGUCCAGGCCAUGAAGGACACAGACCACAAUGGGGACGACAACUUCGCCAGCGACUUCAUGAGGUUAAGAAGAUUGUCAUCCAAAUAUAGAACUGAGAAAAUCUAUCCAACAGUCACUGGAGAGAAAGAAGAAAAUGUUAAAAAGAACAGAUAUAAGGACAUAUUGCCAUUUGACCACAGCCGAGUUAAACUGACUUUAAAAACACUCCCGCAAGAUUCAGACUAUAUCAAUGCAAAUUUUAUUAAGGGAGUACAUGGGCCACAAGCAUAUGUUGCUACCCAGGGACCAUUAGCAAAUACAGUAAUAGAUUUCUGGAGAAUGAUAUGGGAGUACAAUGUUGCAAUAAUUGUAAUGGCCUGUCGAGAGUUUGAAAUGGGACGGAAAAAAUGUGAGCGGUACUGGCCUUUGCAUGGAGGAGAAAGUGUAACUUUUGGACCAUUUCAGAUUUCUUGUGAAGCUGAACAAGCAAGAACAGACUACUAUAUUAGAACACUAUUACUUGAAUUUCAAAAUGAAACUCGUAGGGUAUAUCAGUUUCAUUAUGUGAACUGGCCUGACCACGAUGUACCUUCAUCUUUUGAUUCUAUUCUGGACAUGAUCAGCUUAAUGAGAGAAUACCAGGAGCAUGAAGAUGUGCCUAUUUGUAUACACUGCAGUGCAGGGUGUGGAAGAACGGGAGCCAUCUGUGCCAUAGAUUAUACAUGGAAUUUGCUAAAAGCUGGGAAAAUACCAGAAGAGUUCAAUGUAUUUAAUUUAAUACAAGAUAUGAGGACACAAAGGCAUUCUGCAGUGCAGACCAAGGAGCAGUAUGAACUUGUCCAUCGAGCCAUAGCACAACUAUUUGAAAAGCAACUAAAGAAAUAUGAAAGUUGCACAGACUGGAAGAUUGCUGAUGGAGUGAAUGAAACUAGUACAGAGAAAACUGUCAAUUCUAUAGAUCUUGAGAAACAGGACUCUCCUCCACCAAAGCCUCCACGGACCCGCAGUUGUCUUGUAGAAGGAGAUGUUAAGGAAGAAAUCUUGCAGCCUCCAGAGCCUCACCCAGUACCACCCAUCUUAACACCAUCUCCUCCUUCAGCUUAUCCGACAGUCACUACUGUGUGGCAGGACAAUGACAGAUACCAUCCAAAGCCAGUUUUGCACAUAGUUUCAUCAGACCAUUCAACAGACCUCAAUGAAAACUAUAAUAAAUCAACAGAACAUUCAGGGAAAAAUGAACCCAAUGAACGUGUGGAGAAAAAGCUUGAGCGUAACUUAAGUUUUGAAAUUAAGAAGGUACCUCUUCAGGAGGGACCACGAAGCUUUGAUGGGAAUACUCUUUUGAACCGAGGACAUGCAAUUAAAAUGAAGUCUGUUUCAUCUUGUGUAAUGGAUAAGAACUCUAAGCCACUGGAUCAUAGUUCAGGGGAUUCACUUGUAGACUCUUUUCAAAACUCUAGUAUGGAAAACAAAGGCUUAGUAGCUUCACUGGAAGGGCUGAAGAGCCAGAAGGAUUCUGAUGCUCCACCAAGACCCGACCGUCUGCUUCUCAAAGAGAAGGGGCAUGCCAUGUGGUCACUACACAGGCCUGAAAAUGCACUGCCUGCAUCCGCGUCUGAGGAUAUGUCUUCAGAUGUCUUAAGUCAUGGUAUUAAAACAGCCUCUCUGGUACCAAACCCCACAUCUCAAGUGGAAUGCUCUUCCAGUGAAACAGUUGAUCAUCAGAGCAGUAUGCUUUUAGUUAGAGCACCCCUCUGUUUUACUAAUCCUCUUCAUUCCGAUGAUUCUGACACAGAUGAGAGGAACGUUGAUGGAGCCAUGACCAAAAGUAUGUCUAAUAUUUCAACCGCAAGUGCCACAGUUUCUGCUUCCACUAGUACUGAAAACAUUUCUUCUAGAAAAGUAUUAUCAAUGUCCAUUGCUAGACAAGAUGUUCCAAGCAUAAGACAUUUUGAAGAGGAAAAAGAUGCUGAUGUGAGUGAAGACUCCUCUCCCCCACUACCAGAAAGAACACCAGAAUCAUUUGUAUUAGCAAGUGAACAGAAUGCACCUUUGACCAAGCCUCUUACAUUUUCACAAUCUGCUGAAAGGCGUAUACUGCAAGAUCAGAAUCUUCCUGAACAACCAGAAUCUACAGGCUUGAAAACAGCUGGAUGUGUAAAACUUGAUAAUCUUGAAAUGGGCGACAAAACACCAGCUGAUCCUAUACCUCAGAUUCCUCUUUCCAGUUCCACUGAUAUAAGAGGUCAAAUUACAGAAAUUCCAGUAGAAAUCACAGAUAUUGGUUUUGGUAACCGUUGUGGAAAGCCAAGAGGACCAAGAGAGCCACCAUCAGAAUGGACAUGAUGAAAAAGAAAAUGGUCACUCUGGAAAAGUCAAGUGCCACUGAAAACUAAAUAAAUAGUAUUCCACUCUUUACUUUUUGGGGACUAACACACAACAGUGUAGUUAUAACUACAGAAUGGUACACUUUUUACUUUACAUCCCGCAUAAAACCUUAAAUAUUAUUCACAACAGUGGAUUCCAGUAUUACAACCUAACUUUUUGCUGGGGCCAUCUACCUGCCUUAUUACACCUAGGAGAAAGUAUUACAUAUGGUUUAUUUUUGACUUCCAAGUAUUAUUGCCUUAAUGUCUUUUAACCCUGUUACACGCUGCUUGUAGACAUUUGUUAAUAUAGUAAUACUUUUGACAAAUUGAGUUUGUGGACUACUUUUUGCUAACUUUUGAUUACCAUGUAUGCAUUAUUUUGUAUAUGUACAGGGCAAGUAGGAAUAUAAUUUGAUAAAGUUGCAAUCAUAAAAUAUUAACAGAAGAUGUAAGAAAUCUCUGCAUGUUCUAAAUUCGUAUGUAUCUUAUUUGUAAAUUAUUUGCCCUGAAAUUUUAGAAAACCAUUUCUGAUUUAAAAACAAAAAAAAUUCUGGACAUACAGCCAGAAUUGCAGGUUUGCAGAGAUAAAGAUUGUAAUACGUUUUGUAAAUUGUAAGCAAAAGGUUAUUUUUAUAUUAUAUACUAUUGGUCAGACCUAAUUUGUUCUGUUUUUCAUCUAGUCAUGGAGAUUCAGUAAGUGCCUUGGAACAAUAUUGAAUUCUCUUAGCCUAUGUAUGUUGCUUCAGUGUUUGAGUUCAUCUGGGUUUAGAAAUUUAUAAAAACAAAAAAAAAUGUAUCUGACCUGCCAGUAAAAUAGAACUCAUUCUAAGUAACCAACACUCGUUAGUUUUCAUUUUAAUAUUUCAUAAGUUUCAAUUUAUAGAGAUGAAUUUCCUAAAAACUUCCUACAUAAUAACUGGUUUAAUGCUACAGUAUAAUAUGGUGUGUAUUUCUACUUUUGUACAAACAUUUCAGGACACACUGGUAAAGGGACUAUUUGAGAGCCAUUAUUUUCCAUUUGUGCUGGUAAAAGUAGUAUUUUGAUCAUUCAGCAAGUGUGUGUAUGUGUGAAAGCAACUUAUCAUACGAAGAUUCACAUAGAGCCCUUGCAGCUACACUGUAUCUUGGCAGCAUACCAUGCCAAGGAUUAAUCCUUAUAAGGAUUCUCUACUUAUAAACUUUGUUUCUGUAAUAAUGAUAGACUCUUUAAAUUAAAGAAAGUACCUCAAAAUUUCA